CUCAUCUUUCAAUAUGAUCAUUUUAUGCCUUGCAGUCGUCGCCCUUUCAGGGUUCUCUGCGGUGAUAUCAGUAUGUCCUAUAGACUGGGCAGAAUUUAAAGGGGAGUGCUUUUACUUCGGUCAUGACAGGAGAUCGUGGGUUGAUGCAGAGAAUCAGUGUCGGGGAUUACAAGCAUAUUUGGUGACGGAUGAUAACCCAGAAAAGCACAACUUUCUCUCCAAAAUCACCAGUGUUCUCCAUUCCUUAAAACAGAGCACCUUUUGGAUAGGUGCUAGCGACUACACUAUAGAGGGGUCAUUCCGUUGGCUGGAGACUGGAUUCCCUAUAGGGAACUUUUCAGCGUGGGGCGCUGGAAAACCCACCAGGAAUAUCACAAACAACUGCGUGCGCAUGUUUUACCAGGGGGACCAGUUUAAAUGGGAGGACUACAACUGUAACGACCGGACAACGUAUUUCAUUUGUGAGAAACAAGCUCAAACAGUCGUUGUGCAAUAAUCCGGU